AGCUUGGCCUCCUUUGGUACGGUGUAACACCUAACACCGCAGGCACCAUUGCUUCCUUCCUUUCCUAGCUACUUCGAUAGCUAGCUAGCUCUCUUCCCCUUUCUUGCCAUCCAUCUUCAUAUAUCUAUCUCUCUAUACUACCUAGUUUCUUGUCAGUUGUCACACAAACACAUAUAUACACCGAGAAAUUUGUGAGCAAAAUGGUUGGCACAAUGGAUGAAGCGAGGAUCAUUGAAUAUUUCAAGAACAAGAGCAUCCUCAUCACUGGAUCAACAGGCUUUCUUGGAAAGAUACUGGUGGAGAAGAUACUGAGGGUUCAGCCUGAUGUCAGGAAGAUCUAUCUCCCUGUGAGAGCGGUGGAUGCAGCUACAGCUAAGCAACGGAUGCAGACUGAGGUGAUAGGGAAGGAGCUGUUUGGGCUUCUGAAGGAGCAGCAUGGCAAGGGGUUUCAGUCUUUCAUCGAUGAAAAGGUAGUUCCAUUGGCUGCAGACAUGAUGCAUCAGAACCUGGGCCUCGAGGAAUCCACCUUGCAAGAGCUCGCCAAGGACCUUAACAUCAUCGUCAAUGGAGCUGCCACCACCAACUUCUACGAAAGGUACGACGUGGCUCUGGAUGUGAACGUGAUGGGGGUGAAGUACCUGUGCCAGCUUGCCAAGAAGUGUGCCAAUCUCGAGGUGUUCCUCCAUGUCUCCACAGCGUACGUGUGUGGCGAGAGGUCCGGGGUGGUGCAGGAGAGGGCGUUGAGGGAGGGGGAGACGCUGCGGGAGGGGACGUACCUGGACAUCGAGACGGAGCUGCGGCUGGUGGGCGAGCAGAGGCAGCAGCUGGAGGACGCCGGCGACGCCAAGGCGGAGAGGAAGGCGAUGAAGGAUCUGGGUUUAGCCAGGGCGCGCCACUUCGGGUGGCCCAACACCUACGUGUUCACCAAGGCCAUGGGGGAGAUGAUGCUUCAGGAGCAGCUGGUCGCCGGCGCCGGCCGCCGCCACGGGAUCCCCGUGGUGAUCGCCCGCCCCAGCAUCAUCACCAGCGUCCACAGGGACCCUCUCCCCGGCUGGAUCGAGGGCACCCGCACCAUCGACGCCAUCAUCAUCGGCUACGCCAAGCAGAGCCUCUCCUGCUUCCUCGCCGACCUCGACCUCAUCAUGGACGUAGUGCCUGGUGACCUGGUGGUGAACGCGAUGAUGGCGGCGAUGGUGGCGCACUCGAGGGGGUCAUCGUCGGAGAUGGCGGUGUACCACGUGACGUCGUCGAUGCGGCACCCGGCGGCGUACGCGGUGCUGUACCGGACGGGGUGGCGCUACUUCCUGGAGAACCCUAGGGUGGGGAAGGACGGGGUGGCGGUGCGCACGCGGCCCGUCUACUUCUUCCGCACCAUCGCCUCCUUCAGGGCGUUCAUGGCGGUGGCCUACGCGCUCCCCCUCCAGCUCCUCCGCCUCCUCUCCCUCCUCUGCUUCGGCCUCCUCUUCGCCCGCCGCUACGCCGACCUCUCCCGCAAGUACUCCUUCGUCAUGCAGCUCGUCGACCUCUACGGCCCCUUCGCCCUCUUCAAGGCCUGCUUCGACGACCUCAACAUGGAGAAGCUUCGGCUGUCCAUGGCCACGCCGCCGUCGUCCGCCGCCGCCGCCCUCUUCAACCUCGACCCCAAGAACAUCGACUGGGACGACUACUUCUACAGGAUCCACAUCCCCGGCGUCAUGAAGUACGUCCUCAACAAGUGAUCCAUUCCAUCCAUCCAUCAUACGUAAGAUUAUUGUUCUUCUUCUACCUGGCUGCUGCUGCUUACAAUGAAGAAGCUAGCUAGCUAGCUGAUUGUAUACUCGAUCCAUCCAUCCAUCCAACAUUAUUGAUUGAUCACCGUACCGUACGUACGUGUUAAGUUAUGCUUAUAAUUCAUCACAGAAUCGAUUUAUAAGCUUCUGCUGCUAGUGGUGGUGAGGUAUUUUAUUUAUUGUUGAAACAAAUCAAGUCAUCUUGUUAAACAUUUCUCUUAUUAUUAAUUAAGAUUGCUCUUGGUCGAUAACAUCGAUCCAUACUCUU